CAAAGAAGAAUGUGCUACAGUGGAUCAGACUUCUCGGCUGGCAGAUUUUAAGUGUCCAACCGUCUCUCUGUUCCCUUUCUUUUUAAGCGACUCAGUUUUAUGUUACACAGUUCUGACAGCGACCUCAGAUUCUUUGAUUAUCUUUGAAACUUCGAUCAGAAAUGGCAGAAAACAGCGAUAUAAACGAGACAAAGCUGAAUAGCUCGUCCCCAAGUGGGAUGACCGACCAAGAGAAGGAAAUGGCAGCAAGUGCUUAUGAAGCUUUUUUGGCUGGGAAGUAUGAAGAGUCUCUCAAACACCUUGAAGCGCUGCAGGAGCUCAACAAAGAAGACUACAAAAUCGCCAUGAAUAAAGCUGUGGCCGAGUUUUUUAAAAGUGGUCAAACUACGACGGGCACAUUGAAGCAGACUCUCAUGGCUAUGAAGAAUCGGGUUCACACAACGGCAGACGAUGUGGACGGGCUGGAUGACGUGGAGAAUAGUUUGCUGUACUAUAAUCAGGCCAUCAUCCACUACCACAUGAGGCAGUACUCAGAGGCCAUCUCUAUAGGAGAGAAGCUCUAUCAGUUUAUCGAACCAUUUGAAGAGAAAUUUGCCCAGUCGGUGUGCUUUCUGUUGGUGGACCUCUACCUGCUGACGUUUCAGCCAGAGAAGGCGCUUCAUCUCCUGGCCGUCCUGGACAAGAUCUCUGUACAGGGAAGCAACAAGAAUGGCAAAGGAGAGAGCAACACCUCAACCAAAGAAGGAUCAAACCAGAAAGCAGAGUUUGCAGCAAUGAUGGAAGCAGCUAAAUCUAAAAUCCACCAGUACAAAGUGAGAGCCUACAUUCAGAUGAAGUCAUCCAAGGCCUGUAAAAGAGAGAUCAAGUCGGUGAUGAACACAGCGGGAAAUUCUGCACCCUCGCUCUUCCUCAAGAGCAACUUUGAGUAUCUAAGAGGGAACUACCGGAAAGCAGUGAAGUUGCUGAACAGCUCAAACAUCGCUGAGCAUCCCGGCCCCUUUAAAACAGGCGAAUGCGUUCGAUGUAUGUUCUGGAACAAUCUGGGCUGCAUUCACUUUGCAAUGGGCAAACACAACUUGGGUAUCUUCUACUUCAAAAAGGCUCUGCAGGAGAAUGAUCACACCUGUGCACAAUUGGGAGACGGUAGCAACAAUCAGUGUAAAAAGCUCACAGGUAUCCCUAUGUGUGCUCUACUGUCCAACAAGCGCUAUGAGCUGUUGUAUAACUGUGGCGUUCAGCUCUUGCAUGCUUCCAGGCCCCUGGCAGCUUUUGAGUGCCUAAUGGAGGCUGUACAGGUUUACCACUCCAACCCUCGACUGUGGCUGCGCCUCGCAGAAUGCUGCAUCUCUGCUAACAAAGGGGGGUCGGAGCAGGAAAGCAAAAGCUUGCCCUGCAAAAAAGGAAUCGUCCAGUCUGUAAUUGGUCAAGGAUACCAUCGGAAGAUUGUCCUAGCUUCCCAGUCUUCACAGAGCACUAACUACAGUGAAGGCCAGUCAGCAGCCAUUCCUGUAGCAAGUAUGGAGUUUGCUGCCAUCUGUCUGAGGAAUGCUCUCCUACUGCUGCCUGAACACCAGCAGCAGGACGCCAAGGCUGAGAACGGCUCCAAGAACUCCAGUCAGUCAGGAAGCACAGAGAGCAGCAGCGAGAACAGCGACCCCUGCAGUGGAAAAAAUCAUGACGUUGAUAAGUUUUUUUCUGCGCCUCCAUCCUCUCCACUCAGAAAACAGGAGGUAGAAAACCUCAGGUGUUCCAUCCUGGCCUGUAGCGCCUAUGUGGCCCUGGCACUGGGAGACAACCUGAUGGCUCUGCACCAUGCUGAGAAACUGCUUCAUCAAACCAAGGUGUCUGGGUCCCUGAAGUUCCUGGGUCAUCUGUAUGCUGCUGAAGCCCUAAUCUCUUUGGACAGAAUAUCUGACGCGAUCACUCACCUAAACCCAGAGAACAUCAGUGACGUGUUAAUGGGGGUGCUCACCAGCGAACAGGACCAGGGACAUGAGAAGGGAGAUGAACCUGUCGAACCCUCGGUGAAAAAGAUGCCAUUAUGUUACCCCAGCAGCGUGACAGCAGCUCGGGCCAUGAUGCUCUUCAACCUGGGCAGUGCCUAUUGUUUGAGGAGCGAAUAUGACAAGGCGCGCAAAUGCCUGCAUCAGGCUGCAUCCAUGAUGAGCUCCAAGGAGAUUCCACCUGAAGCCAUCCUGUUGGGGGUGUACUUGGAGCUACAAAAUGGGAACACUCAGCUGGCUCUGCAGAUUAUCAAGAGGAACCAGCUAUUGCCCACUGCUGUUCACAGAUCUUCCCCAGACUCCCGUAAGAAACCCCCCCUACCGUUCCAGCCCGUCCAGCCCAUCCAGCUGCCCUCGUCCUUCACACAAGUUCAACGGAAAUAAUCCUCUACAGCAAAGUCAGAUCCCUGUAGCUCCUCUUCAGCCAACCCUAAUAUUUAUGAAGUUUCAGGAGCCCUAUAACCUGCCGCCAUUGUUAUCUAGUGAGAUCAUCUUUCAAACUGACUGAGGACUUUCCACUGUUUGAACAAUGAAAAUAAAUGUAUUUGCUGUACGUGUUGUGGACAG